AUGACCCGCCUGACCCUCUCCGCCGCCACGACUCUCGCCGCUCUGUUCGCCGCCGCCCCGUCCGCGAGCGCGAACCCGUACGGCCAACUUCACUGGUUCGUCGAACAGAUUAGCUCCCAAGCCGCCACGGUCGGCGCCCAGGCGCACGCCACGUUCGACGACUGUGCGUACGGCCCGCUGAUCGCCGACGACGUGUUCGACGAGCUGGAAGAUCUCAAUCGCCGGCUCGCCCGGCUGUGCGACGCGAUCGCGACCGGCCCGCCGACGCGUGGGUCGCUGCGACGCAUCGAACGGAACGCCCGUCGCGUUCACCGCCAGGCGGUCGAACUCGACGCCGAGAUCCGUGACGCCAUCGCGGACCUCCGGCGCCGCGAGCUGCGUCGGGCCCGGCACGCGUUCCGUCAGCCGCUGGCGUACGGCGUCCCGGUCGCUCCGCACCGUGGCGGCGUGAACCUGAGCCUGGCCGGCGGCCGCGUGCAGCUCAACUUUGCUUCGACCCACCCGGCGGCGCGUCACCUCGCCAACCACCGGUUCGCGACGCGCCACGUCGUCGGCUACCCGACGAUCGGCUACGGCGCGGGGCUGCACCAGAUCGCCGCCCCCGGCUGGGCUCGCCAGCCGCAGGCGGACGCCCUGUGUGCCCAGCGCCCCCAGAGGGCGGCCGGCACGGAGUGGACGGGGGCGGGCCUGACCGUCGCCGUCUGCCGGCCGCCUGGCGACGCACGACCCCGUCGGGGCUCCCGAGCCCCGGCGGGGUUGUUGCUUUGGGGCCCCUUCGGCUACACCGACGGCUUGCGCCACCAAUCCGGGCGUUGGCGCCACCGGCCGCCCAGCCGCUGCUGCCGUCUGCCCACUGCCUUCUGCCUACUCGUCGCCAUGCCCCGCAAUCGCACUUACGACAACGCCGCCACGUGCAUCGGCGACACGCCGAUGAUCCGCAUCAACCGCCUCGUGCCCGAAGGGCAGGCGACGGUCUUCGCGAAGUGCGAGUUCUUCCAGCCGCUCAACAGCGUCAAGGACCGCAUCGGCGCCGCGAUGAUCGAGGCCGGCGAGCGUGACGGCCACAUCAAGCCCGACACGAAGAUCGUCGAACCGACCAGCGGCAACACCGGCAUCGCCCUGGCGUUCGUCUGCGCGGCGAAGGGCUACCACCUCACGCUGACGAUGCCCGAGAGCAUGUCGAUGGAGCGGCGCACGCUGCUGCGAGCGAUGGGCGCCCACCUCGUACUCACCCCCGCGGCCGACGGCAUGAAGGGCGCGAUCGCCAAGGCGAGCGAGCUGGCAGCCGAGCCGGGCGCCUGGAUGCCGCAGCAGUUUGAGAACCCCGCCAACCCAGCGAUCCACGAGACCACGACCGGCCCCGAGAUCUGGGAAGACUCCGGCCACGACAUCGACUGUAUCGUCGCCGGCGUCGGCACGGGCGGCACGAUCACCGGCAGCAGCCGUUUCCUCAAGAAGCAGAACCCGGCGUUCAAGGCGAUCGCCGUCGAGCCGACCGACUCGCCGGUCAUCAGCGGCGGCUCGCCGGGUCCGCACAAGAUCCAAGGCAUCGGCGCCGGGUUCAUCCCGGGCAACCUCGACACCGAGUUGGUCGACGAGGUGGUGCAGGUCUCCAACGAGGAGGCGUUCCAGUGGGCCCGCCGGCUGGCGAAGGAAGAGGGCAUCAUGGGCGGCAUCAGCAGCGGGGCCAACAUGUGCGCCGCCGCCAAGGUCGCCGCCCGCCCCGAGAUGGCCGGCAAGCGGAUCGUCACCAUCAUGUGCUCGCUCGGCGAGCGCUACCUGUCGACCCCGCUGUUCGAGGGCCUGGCCGGAUAG